AACAGAAACGCCAAUGAAAGAUUCAUUGAAAGAGAACGCUUCCAAAUCCAGAUCUCGCCGAGAUGUCAUUCAGAUGGAUGCGAACAACACUACGCCACAAGCUCUUCAAGAACUUUACUCAUCCAUACACAAAGUCUAUGUCAGUCGGCAGCGAGGACCACCAGGACCCCCAGGCCUCCCCGGAAAGUCUGGCCCAAGAGGAUCUAUUGGACCGCAAGGACCCAAGGGACUUGCUGGGAAGAAGGGUGAUAUUGGUAGACCAGGUCUACCUUGCAAGCCUUUGAUUAUCAAUUACCCUCCCAAGGUGUCGCUGCCAGUCGGACCGAUUUACGUUAAAGAAGGAGACAACUUAAUUCUGUCAUGUCACGUGACUGGCUACCCCAAACCCAAGGUCACCUGGUCAAAAGUCAUGGAUUCUUUGCCUUCCAAGCGUUCUUUCAUCACUACAAACAGGCUAAAGGUGUUGUCAGUCCAAAAACAAGAUUCGGGUUUGUAUGUCUGCGCUGGAUCCAACACUCUUGGCUCAGCGGUUGAAACUAUCAAAGUCAUUGUUGUAUCGGCGCCAAAAUUCAUCAGCACCCCACCCCAGCAGGUAAACAAGAAUACUUGCGAAAAAUUGACUCUCGAUUGCCAAGCCAGAGGGGACCCCCCUGCGGUAAUAACGUGGAGUAAAGAGAAAGGGCGGCUACCAACAGACAGGACUCAGUUGAUCAACGGAAGAUUGACGAUAACUGGAAUGACGACUUCUGACGCCGGCAAAUACACAUGUACAGCGGUUAGUGCUGGCGUGGCUACAUCAAAGAGUGUUACCAGGGUAACUGUUAAAGAAACAGGAAAACUCAAGUUUAGCCGUGAUUCAGUCACCGACUACAUUGUGGUAAAAAGAAAACUGCCUGCAAUGGCGAGACUCACUGUUUGUCUUUGGAUGAUGACGUCAAAAAAGAAUUCAGUCUUGAUAAGCUACGCUGUACCAGGAUCCAUCAAUGAAAUACUUCUUCUUGACGUUGGCAAAAGAUUAUCGGUAUGGCUUGGAGAUGUGUCAUGGGAUUCAGGAGUUCAUGUUACUGACGGUCAGUGGCACCACAUCUGCGCAACAUGGGAUAAUUCCGCUGGCCAAACGAUUCUCUACAAAGAUGGCGUUCGACGUGCUCAAACAGUCUUAAAAAAAGGUCACGUGACUAAAAGUGGGGGGUCGCUGAUAAUCGGGCAAGAACAGGACAAAUUUGGCGGAGGAUUCGAGAAAUCCCAGUCUUUCGUUGGUGAGCUGACCGGGAUUAACAUCUGGAACAGAGUACUGGGACCAAAAGAGAUCUCUGCUAUAUCGAAAAAUCGCAAAAGCACUACAACCGGGAAUGUCUUGACAUGGAAUGACGUCAUAUCCGGUACUAAAUAUGGUCAAGUGCCGAUCAUCAAUUCUUGCAAACAGUGAAACUGGUCGACAUCCAUCAAAAACGAGGAUGAUAUAACUCAGUGUAGAUUUACUAACGUUUAUCGUCGUAGAUCUUAAUUAUUGCUAUAAAUUUUGGGUUUAGAUUGAAUGUUUGCUGCAUUUAUUCAAAACUGUAAUUGGGAACCAAGGUUAAAAGUAAAUUAAAGGUAAAAUGUGUUGCAAAAUCA